AUCAGUAUCAUCUAUUAAAGGAUAAUGGCCUCCCAACAAUGAUUCAGAUUUUGGCUGAAUCCCAGGAUGAGGAUCUGAGCAAAGCAGCCACAUUUGUACUGCAAAACUGUAGAAAUUUAACUAAGCAGAUGUCUGACCUCUUUGAGCAAUCUAAUGGAAGCAAUACAAAAUCACCAUCCAACAAAGGCACAGCAAUAAAGACUAUUACAGAUUGCUGGGAAAAAGCAGAAAACAUUAUACAGAGAAUAGAAAGACUUGAGAGACAGCAUAAUGAGGAAAGAAUAAAUUGUCAGCCAUCUGUAAAUGAUGACAAAGUACAGGGCCCUGUUAAAAUAAUUGUCUCUGAAGAUCGGUCUAUAGAAGAGAUCAGCAAAACAAGCACAGAGCCAACAAACUUGAAGGUUAAAUUUCAGCAGCAAAAUGGGAUACUGGAGUCUGUAACGGUUUCCAAGAAGCUUAUGGAAACUGAACAGAAAAAACAAGAAUCAGAAGUUGCAACUAGUGAUUCAUUAAACCCUUGCAUACCAAAUAAAGUGGAUACAAUUCUAAAAUCUGUUACUGCAGAAAUAAUUAAACUUUCAGAAGAGAUGCAAACUGAAAAUGAACAAAAGAGAUGCUGUGCUCUGGAAAGCAGCAACAUAUUUAAAUGUCCGGUUUCAGUAACGAAAAAGAAGCAACUAAAAGAAAACAUGGAUACUGAUACUCUAGCACUAUGCUCUGACAUAACCGAUGAAGAAGUUGGCAGCCUUCUGAGUAUUCCAGCUUCUGCUAAAGUAUUUCGAUGUUCAGGCUGUGUAGCAGUAAGCUUGGAGAUGAACAGCAGAAAUUUCAGCAAGAUCCUCCACAGCUGUCCCUACCAGUGUGAUAGACACAAAGUGAUGCUGAAGGCCGAAGAUAGAUACAAAAGUGAAAUAAAGGAAUCAAUAACUGGCAACAAGGAGGGGUCUGUGUCUUAUAAAAGUUAA